GUUCCAAAAGCCCAAUCUCGCUUCCCCCCUUUCUCUCUCUCUCUUCCUCCCCUUCUCCCUCUCGCUGGAAAAACCCUAGAUCUCGCCACCGCCGGAGACUCGAAGCUCGGCCCUUCGAGCUUCAAUCCGCCUCGCCGAUCUCCUCCUCCGAAACCCCUGUGGAUUUUACUUCCCAAAGACAACAUGGCAACCCCUGCUGAAGAGACAAUUGCCGCUCCUAUUCAAGACAAAAUGGCCACCCCCGUGGAAGAGCCGACGGCCACCCCCAUGGAAGAGCCGACGGCCACCCCCAUGGAAGAGCCGACGGCCACCCCUGUCGAAGAGCCGACGGCCACCCCUGUCAAAGAGCCGACGGCCACCCCUGUUGAAGAGCCGACGGCCACCCCCGUUGAAGAGCCGACGGCCACCCCCGUUGAAGAGCCCAUGGCCACCUCCGUUGAAGAGCCCAUGGCCACCCCUGUUGAAGAGCACACGGUCGCCCUUAUUGAAGAGCACACGGCCGCCCCAGCUGAAGAGCACACGGCUGCUCCCAUUGAGCACACGGCUGCUCCCAUUGAAGAGCACACGGCCGCCCCCGUUGAAGAGCACACGGUUGUACCCGUUGAAGAGCACACAGUCGCCCCCGUUGAAGAGCACACAGCCACCCCUGUUGAAGAGCAGAUGGUCGCCCUGGUUGAAGAGCCGAUGUCCACACCCGUUGAAGAGGCGAUGGCUACUCACUAUGAAGACACGAUGGCUGCCCACUUUGAAGAUUCGAUGGCUGCCCACUUUGAAGAGCCAAUGACCACUCCUAUUAACCACAAGAGGGCCACACCUGAUGAAGACAUGAUGGAAACACCUGAUGAAGAAAAGAUGCUGACACUGACUCCCUAUGAAAACAAUGAGGUGGAAAAUACAGAAACACAGCCUAACAAGCGCAGGAAAAAGAAGUCAAUUGUCUGGGAGCAUUUCACCAUAGAGAACGUGAGUCCUGGAUGUAGGAGGGCAUGCUGCAAGCAGUGCAAGCAAAGUUUUGCUUACAGUACGGGUUCAAAAGUAGCGGGUACCAGCCACCUCAAACGCCACAUUGCAAAGGGGACUUGCCCAGCACUUCUUCGUAACCAGAACAACAAUCAGUCUUCCCCAUAUACCCCAGCGACAAGGGGUGGCAGCUCUUCCAAUCCACCAAAAAGGCGUUACCGGACUCCUAACACACCCCAAAUUAUAUAUGAUCCAGACCGUUGUCGCCAUGAGAUUGCAAGGAUGAUCAUCAUGCAUGACUACCCCCUGCAUAUGGUUGAGCAUCCUGGGUUUGUAGCUUUUGCACAGAAUCUUAACCCACGGUUCAACAUGGUGAGCUUCAAUACUGUUCAAGGAGAUUGCGUUGCAACUUACCUAACAGAAAAGCAAAGUGUCACCAGGUUUAUUGAGGGCAUACCUGGACGUGUAUGCCUUACUUUGGACAUGUGGACUUCCUCUCAGAGCGUGGGUUAUGUGUUUGUUACUGGGCACUUCAUUGAUGCUGACUGGAAGUUGCACAGGCGGCUGCUCAAUGUAGUGAUGGAACCAUAUCCAGACUCUGAUUCUGCUCUUAGUCAUGCUGUUGCUGUUUGCCUUCAUGAUUGGAGUUUGGAAAACAAGUUGUUUUCAGUCACUUAUGAUCAGCCACUGAGUGAGACUGCUCUUGAAAAUUUAAGGCCUCUUCUUUCAAAUAAGAACCCACUUAUCCUCAAUGGUCAACUAUUGGUUGGGCAUUGCAUUGCCCGUACUUUGAGCAGCAUUGCAAAAGAAGUGUUGGUGGCAGGAAGUGAUGUGGUCAAUAAAGUACGGGAUAGUGUAAAGUAUGUGAAGACAUCAGAGUCCCAUGAAGAAAAGUUUCUGGAGCUUAAGAGUCAGCUCCAAGUCCCAAGUGAAAGGAGCCUAUCAAUUGAUGACCAAACUAAAUGGAACACAACGUAUCAAAUGCUGGUGGCCUGUUAUGAGUUAAAGGAAGUGUUUUCUUGCUUGGAUACAUCUGAUCCUGAUUACAAACAAGCCCCGUCAAUGGAAGACUGGAAGCACGUUGAGACUAUCUGCACAUUUUUGAAACUUAUCUUUGAUGCAGCCAACAUCCUUACCACUACGACUAACCCAACUCCAGUUACUUUCUUCCAUGAAGUGUGGAGGAUUCAGACAGAUCUGACUAAGACGGUUGCAAGUGAGGAUCCCUUCAUUAGCAGCCUAACUAAGACAAUGCAAGAAAGGAUUGAAAAAUACUGGAAGAAUUGUAGCCUGGCUUUGGCGACAGCAGUAGUUAUGGAUCCCAGGUUCAAGAUGAAGCUUGUUGAGUUCAGUUUCAACAAAGUUUAUGGCGAAGAAGCUCCAACGCAUAUCAAGGUUGUUGAUGACGGAAUUCAUGAGCUCUUUCAUGAAUAUUUGACACUGCCUUUGCCUCUCACACCAACUUAUGCAGACGAAGGGAAUAACUACAUUAAGACAGAGGAUUCCCAAGGCGGAGCUAAUCUGACAGACAACGGACUCACGGACUUUGACAUGUACAUCAUGGAGACAACCAGCCAACAGAUGAAGUCGGAGCUGGAUCAGUAUUUGGACGAGUCUCUGCUUCCCCGAGUUCAUGACUUUGAUGUAUUAGGCUGGUGGAAACUGAACAAGAUGAAGUACCCGACGCUUUCAAAGAUGGCUCGUGACAUUUUGUCAAUUCCGGUAUCUACAGUUUCUUCCGACUCUGUCUUUGAUACAACGGUCAAGGAGAUGGAUCAGUACAGGACUUCCCUACGACCAGAGACGGUGGAAGCCCUCAUAUGUGCCAAGGACUGGAUGCAGUAUGGAUCAGCCGACGCGUCCACUGCACUUGUCAGAAUGGAAUAUUAGAUCGUAGGUCUCUUCCACCGUCACGCGUGAUGGACGGGAAGUUGGCCGCCGGGAAGAUGUAUGAUGGUAGGUGUUUGUAUCAUUUAACCUAGUUUAUUUCUACCAGUAGGAGUUUACCUUUUGUAUUAUUUGAAGACGUUGAAUGCUUGGACAUGAAUUUUUAGCCUUAAUUUAUGGUAGUCUUAAAAUUAUGAUGA